AUGGACCUCAAUCCUAACUUUCACUAUAAUUCAAGACGCAAAGUCGCCAUCCAAAUUUUUAGCGGGACCGGUACCAACCACACAACCACCAUCAUCAUCGUGGUUCUAUGUGCUGUUGUAGGCAUGUUGAUCUUGUACGGUCUUUUUCGGUUCCUACGCCACCGAUUCGCUCGACGUUCCACCCCCCUACCUCCCGUGCAGCCUAUAGCUCACUACCGUAAGCAGCGGCUGACAGAAUUUACCGAACGACCCGAUAUGUCGACAACAUACUCCCAAUCUUCACGCCUUUCCCCGUCAUUUGAAUUAUCGCCCGCCGCAAGUGAUUCUUCCCUUCUUCCUGCAAAGUACGACAAUACUUUUCCUUCGCGACAGUCAAGUCUGUAUCUGGCUGAGAAAGGUGAUGGCCAAGGUGUGCCGCCGCCCCCAGGCAAAGACGAAGAAGUUCUACAAACGCCAAACCCUGCAUUUAAUUAUGCCAGGCGUCUUAGUAGCAGCUCUCUGGGCUCUACUCCAUCUACUCCUCCUUCAGCUUCUGUUGCCCACCGUUCGCCAUCCCAGGCUACACUUCCCCGUUCAUAUUCUCGCCGUACUGGUCCUCCAUCUGCAGUUUCCAGCGCCUCGAUCCGAAGCACGAAGAGUUCUGGCAGAAGCACUAUCAUAGGUGUUCCACAUGGACCACAUAGUCAGGUCAAAGUCGUACUACCGGCUCCUCUCGCUCCUUCUCUGCAUCCAUAUUUGUCUGGACCAGAAGCAGGUCGAUUGGGCGUGGAUACCCAGACGUCAUCGCGCACGACCAUGGUCGAUAUGUGGGCUUCCCCGCUGCACAGGUCGGUGAGCUCUGAUUAUAUCCGACCAAAUCCGCCCGCACUUUCUGCUGUGCACCAGCGCGGAGCUUCACCGUCCAAUGCUCGACAGAGGACUUCCUCCUACACACCGUCAUCGUCGUAUCAUUCCUCUGCGAUUGGUUCCCCUGCUAUUCCUCCAAUGCCUACCCAGAACAGUACGGAAGAGCAACUUAAUGGCGCGCCUUAUGCUGUGCAACAUCAGCAAGACGAUUCCACGAGAGACCGACGUCGCAGUCUCUCACGAUCCUCACCACCACUUUCCGAAGGGUCCACCCAGUCUCUAGCACAUGCCAUUUAG